AUAGAUUCAAAAUGCUAUGUUGUUUAUAGAUAAAUUGAUAAGUAUGACUUAACAAAUUACAUGCUGGGAAUGGACCAGACACUACACAUUGUUGUGAAAAAGGCAAAAACUGAUUUUGAAAAUCCUGCAAAGUUUAAAACCUACAUUUCAGUACAAAUAGAAGAUCAGAUUAUAAAGACCCCAAUUGUUCGUGGAAAAGAUCCAGUAUGGCACCAAAGUUUUGUGUUCAAUGUGAAAAAUAUAAACAACACCGCUUGCAUCAAAUUAAUGCAAGAUGGUUUCAUAUUUGACACUGUUGUUGGGUUAAUCAAUAUUCCAUUGGUAGAAGUUUGCUUUUCAAACAAGCCUGGAAAAGGAAGAUGGUGUCCGUUUUGUGUAGAAAAUACAUCUACUCCCACUGGACAUGAGUUACUUUUUGAUGCAAGAUUCGAAUUACCGAAUGAGCUUUCACAGGCAGAAGAGGAUGAGCUAGCAAGAAAAUUAUCCAUGUUGAACAAAAUACUUGAAACCGAAGUUGAAACAUUAACACUUCAGCAGAACAAGAUUCGAAAUGAAGGAUUUCAGAUACAAACGGAGUCUUCCGCAAUAUCAGAAAUAGAAGAAAAAGACUCACCUGAUUAUAGGCAAGAUAUCUCUUUGUUGACUGAUGCUUCAGUGGGUGAUGAUGACCUUUUUCUUUCACCAGCUAAAAAGCAACAAAAAAACUUUGGGGAUAAUAGUCCACAUGACUCUCCUCUCAUGAGACGUGAGAUAACAGAUGACAAUCGGCAAUCUAUAAUAAAUGAACUAGAAAGAAAUAGAAAUGUUGAUGAGGGUGAUAACGACUCAGAGUUCAAUGCUCAAACAAGUGAUCCUGAAGCUGAUAAAGAUAUGAAACAAGAAGGUCAAACUAUUGGUAACCAUGUCAGAAUUCGAACACGUAAAGGUCAGGCUAGCAUAACAGCUCGUAGGAAUUGGAGAAGGGCGCUUGAUGACAUCAAAACGGCUCGUAAAAGUGGUGCAUGGAGUAUUGUAAGUGAUGAGAGUGAGGAACAUACCGCAAGAGAGCGAGUUAAAAGUAUUCUGCAGUCUGAUUUACCACCGAAUAAGAAAACAAGACCAAAAUCAGCGGGUGAUGCUCUAAUGUCUGUACAUAUGGAGGAAGAAUGUGAAGAUGAAGUCAGCAAAAUUCGUGCAAAUUCAACAGAUGAACUGACUAAUGGAGCAGAAAAAGCAGGCGAGUCACGCUUUCAACGAAGAUAUGGUUUUCGGCAUUCACCAAGACAAAGUAGAAGAAGAGUGUCUGAGCAGUUCUUCAACAUUGAUUUCUCUUCAGAAAUUAAAACGAGAAGAAAUUCCAUAUUUGGUGCUGCAAUUGCAAACAUACAGCAGCAACGUCAGUCAAGAGCCAAUUUUGCACGAGCCUCAGUGAAUGAUAAUGAUUUGAAAAUGCAUGUAUACAGAAAGACGUUGCAAGCAUUGAUCUACCCAAUAUCUAGUACGACUCCGCACACAUUUGAAAAGUUCUCAGCACAACAUCCAGUGUAUUGUUAUGAAUGUGAAAACUUAUUGUGGGGGUUAGCAAGGCAAGGAUUAAAGUGUUCUGAAUGUGGUGUAAAAUGCCACGAAAAGUGCAAGGACCUGUUAAACGCUGACUGCUUGCAAAGAGCUGUUGAAAAGUCAUCGAAACAAGGAGCCGACCACAUUGCAAAGGCUAAGUUAUCUCACAUACGUGACAAAAUGGAACAGCGUUGCAUUGAAAAACAUGAAAUAUUCGAUAUGAUUAGAGACAUGUUCUCUAUACAAGACAGUGACGAUCGCAACCUUGUUGAUGCAGUCAAGCAGAAUAUAUUAGAUGGUUCAUCAAAAUGGUUUGCAAAGAUUGCUAUCACUGUGUUAAGUGCUCAGAAUUUAAUUGCUAAAGAUAAAGCAGGCACGAGUGAUCCGUAUGUUACUGUACAAGUUGGUCGCGUAAAGAAACGCACGAAAACUAUCCCGCAUAAUUUGAAUCCUAUGUGGAACGAAGUGUUCAAUUUUGAGUGUCAUAACUCGUCAGACAGAAUAAAAGUUCGGGUGUGGGAUGAAGACUACGAUUUAAAAGCCCGUGUUCGACAGAAGUUCACCAGAGAACCGGACGAAUUUCUUGGUCAAACUAUAAUCGAAGUGCGAACACUUAGCGGCGAAAUGGAUGUAUGGUAUAAUCUGGAGAAACGAACUGACAAAUCUGCUGUGUCUGGUGCAAUUCGACUUCAUAUAAGCAUCGAGAUUGAAGGCGAGGAAAAACUUGUUCCUUAUCAUACGCAGUAUACGUGUCUCCAUGAGAUCUUAUUUCAGUAUCUAUAUGAGAAGAAUAACGACGAGGUUGUCAUACCCAAAACGUAUGGUGACGAUUCGUGGAAAGUUUACUUCAACGAGCCGGCGUUGGAAAUUGUUAACGAGUUUGCUAUUCGCUAUGGCGUAGAAACUAUAUACCAAGCUAUGACUCAUUUUUCGUGUCUUGCGGCACACUACAACGAACAAUAUGUACCAGCAUUGAUGAGCACCUUGUUAGCAAAUAUCAACGCCUUUUACGCCCACACCACCGCCACUUCAGCAUCUUCUGCCAAAACCAGGUUUUCAGCUUCCAAUUUUGGGAAAGCAAGAUUCGAAAAGAUAUUAAAUCAAUUGCACAAUCAACUACGCAUCGAUUUAUGUCAGUACAGGGCAUUAUUUCCAGUCUCGAACGAAGUAAGAUUAUCAGAUUUAAAAUCGACAGUUGACUUGCUAACCAGUAUCACGUUCUUUCGUAUGAAGGUCCAAGAAUUCAAUGCCCCUCCAAGAGCCGCUCACGUUGUAAUGGAAUGUGUCAAGAACUGUAUUGAAUCGAAUUUUCAUUUUUUGUAUUCCAAUUGUCUUAUGUUGAGUGACGAGGGUGACAAAUUGGAACUAGAAGACGCCGCUAGCACAAACGCUUCUCAUACUUUAGAAUUCUGGGUGAAACUCAUUCGUUUGAUUGUGAGUGUGGUUGAGGAAGAUCGAGAUGUUUACACGAAUAUUUUAAACCAAUUUCCGUCUGAUUUAAACGUAGGCGAGCUUAGUGCGUAUUGUAUGUGGAAGUUAUUUGGGAACAGUCUAAAAGACUUUUUAUCUGAACAACAGAAGCUACCAACAUGGACGAAUACGGAUUAUAUGAAUCUUUAUUUCAAGGUGAAAGGGUUGUUUAGCCAGCAUGUAGAAAACGUUCCAGAAUAUGAAAAGAAAACUCCAGAAUACAUAUUGUGGUUUGAACCAUUUAUUAUGAUGUGGUUGGACGAAAAUGAUGACCUGUCGAUGGAAUAUUUGUACAAUGCAAUCGAGAAAGACAAAAAAGAUGGCUUUGAAAAAAGUUCGGAUGAAGCGAGGUACUCCUCCUCCGUUGUGGACAUUUUUUCUUCGCUUGUUCAGAGCUUGGAUAUCAUCAAGAAAUUAGAUUGUCCAGCAGCGGAUAUCGAAAUGCGGUUAAUGGAUCGUUUCUCACUGACUGUCACCAAAGUGUUGCUGCAAUAUUGCGAACUUAUCUCGCAGAUUUUCGAAAAAAUCUGUCAUUGCAGUAUCGUUGUACAUCAAAAAAGAUUGGAUGAUACAACUAAUGCAAACAAGACUGCUUGUAUCUUGAUGAACAACAUACAGCAAGUGAGAGUGCAAUUGCAAAAGGUUUACGAAUCAAUCGGACCUGAAAAAAUGAAUGAAGAAACGCAGGUUCGUUUCAAAGAUGUCCAGCAAAACCUUUCGCAAUGCUUGGACGAUCUGAGUGUUAUGUACGCUACGAGUGUCGCUGAUAAAAUUCAAGAAUGUUGCAAGCUGUUGAACGUACAGCUCUCAAGGGUUAAGGGCGGGGCGAACGUGGUAUCAGCCAACGAAAGACAACAGAUGGAUAAAGAAGCUGAAGACGUCAUGCAUUCAUUAUUUAUUUUCAUGGAAGACAACUUUCCAACAUACGCUAAAUACUGCGAAAAACCUGUGCUUAAAAGACUUCUCAAGGAAUUAUGGAAGAUGGUUUUGAAUAGCAUUGAGAAGGUUGUCGUGCUUCCACCUCUGCCAGUGGAUAUCGGUUCACAAUCGGAUUCACACAACUUGAACCCUAGACAGUGUUUCGUGCUAGAGAUUGUCUUGGAUAUUGUCAAGAGUUUCUUCCACGCGAACGGUGAUGGUUUAAAGAAGGCUUUUCUUGAUAAAAGUCCAGACAUCAAAUCUCUGCUUUAUGCUUUAUCUUUAUACUCGCAAACAACUGAUUCUUUGAUCAAAACAUUUAUUGAAACGCAAAACCAACAAAGUUCGUAUUCAAGUGAUGACGCCGUUGGGGAGGUUUACAUCCAAAUCGAUCUGUUCACAUACGCCGCAUCAGGUGAACAUAAAGUCACAGUCAAAGUUGUCGAAGCAAGAAACUUAAUAUGGCAAACAGCUAGUGUUUUCAGACCAUUUAUUGAGGUUGACAUACUCGGACCACAUCUCAGUGACAAGCGAAGACGACACAACACAAAGUCUAAGAGCAAUAAUUGGUCGCCUAAAUUUAAUGAAACCAUGUAUUUUCAAUUGGGCAACGAAGACUCGUUAACGUGUUACGAACUUCAAGUAUCAGCAAAAGAUUAUUGUUUUGGUCGUAAAAAUCAUCUUAUCGGGGUUACCGUUUUACCACUUCGUGACAUCACCAACACAGGUUCAUUAUCAUCGUGGUGCGUGUUAGGACAUUCGCUAUUCAUGAACGAAACAGGUUGGACGAUACUUAGGAUAUUGUCGCAACGUGGUAACGAUGAGCUUGCGCGUGAUUUCGUCAUGUUAAAGUUCGAUCGACGUAUCGAUGCUGAUGUUUCGGCAAAGUAACACUCACUUAAGUUUAUUUUUAGAUUUAUGCUAGUUUUUGCUGUUUUUUUGUAAGGGCGAUAUUUAUCAGUAUCAAUAUUAAGCGCGUUAUCUUUGGCUAUAAUAGAAAUCGUGAGCUGACAAAGAAAGUUCGAAACUGCACAGGACUGAAAUUAUAUACUCUUUAUUAAAAGCCUUAUCAGUUCUAACGUGUUCACUUUUGCGUUCCGAGUGUAUCAUCUAUAUAAAGAUUUUGUUGUGGGUAUAUAAAUGAGAAUGUUUGCCCGCCCUAAACAGUACUAAGCAGUCUAAAUGUUAAACCUUUUUUUCCGUUUGGUGAUUUGUUUUCUACUACCUUAACGUAAAUAAAUAAAUAUGCGAAAUUACCAGAAAUAAACUUCGCGGAACUUCCUUUUUAGUAGUGGAUCAAGGUAAUGGCUAGCUUCUAUGAUACAAGCAAGUUCAAUUAAAGGUCUAAAAGACAUUAAAAUUGCAAAAAAAAAAAAUCUUGGCGAAAUAUCUCAAAAAUUAAUCUUCGCAAAAUGCAUUAUUUUGAACCUCGUGGAAAUUAAUCAAAUGGGAAUAUAUGUAUAGCUUAAUUUAUUUGUUUUCACUAAUUUAAACGGGGCGUAAAAAUGACACUCAUUGUUAAAAACAGCUCGUAGUUUGGCAUGUAAUUUCUUGUGAAAUUAUAAGAUUGUAUAUUUUUGUAACACAUUCGAUUUUUUGAGGUGGGAGUCUUUUUGUACACGUCAUGUAAAUAAUUAUACAAAUUUAGUAAUAAAUUUCCAUAUCUUUUUAAA